UAUAUUAAUCCUAAGUUGAAUCGACAAUAUAUCAAAGAGAGGAAUAACCGUCCUCCUCCACGUCCCGCUAUUGAAUAUCCACUAUCUCGCUGUCUUCCAUCAUGUGAAGAAAUACCUGAUGCUACAGCGCGUCUUACUGAAACAAUUCGCCUUUGGUGGAUUGAUAACGAAGGAACUGCACUCAAAGAAUUAGAUAAAUUAGAUCUUCAGCCACAGCUCGACUUGCAACAAUGGAGAACAAUAGCUUUAAAUCAAUACGUAGAUUUGGAGCAGUUUCUUACACUAUCUAUACCGAAGCGGUGUUAACGUUAUAUCCACAUCGUCGUGAAGAACUUGAUACUUAUGAACGUCAUAUUGUUGAAAAGAGUGAUAAAUAUCCUUUUGAUAUUGUUUUUGAAUAUGAUCAAAAAAGAAGAAUACGAUUGUGUGAUAAUCGACAAUUGACGUUAUUAAUGUCCGCCCCAGAUGUAGAGAAUCGAUAUUUUUAUCCUAUAGUUGAACAUCGAACAGGUUUUAUUAGUCUUAAGAAAGAUAGAUGGGAUCAAAUAGCUUAUGAUGAAAGAGGUAAAGAAAUAUGUAAUAAGUAUAAUUUCGAAAGAUGUCAUUAUCCUUAUUGCAAACGAUCUCAUGUUUGUAUUGUCGAAAAAUGCGGUGGCUUGCAUCCUGCAAGAUUGUGUCCCACGAAAAAAUCAGUUUCGAACACAAAAUUUGGCAGAAGACAGAAUAUUAUGAGUAGAUUAGGUUCUCAAACUAGCCCUGAUCAUAGUUAUUUUAAGGGUAGCAAAAACAACAAAAUAGAAAUUCUAAUUUCAGAGGUAAUGGUAGGGCCAUUGUCGAUUGCAAUGGCAUGAAUAAUAGCGUUGAUGAUGAAAAAAGUGAUAAUCACGCUG